AUGAUGGACCUCAAGGAAAGCGAUCAGCACCGCUAUAUGCGUAAGGUGGCGUUCACCGCCGUCGCGGUUUCGACGGCCGCCGUUGUCACCGCCAUGGUGACACUUCCACUGUUGUACACCUACGUUCAGGGUCUUCAGAGCGAGAUCAACAUGGAGACUGGAUUCUGCAUGAUGCGAUCUCGCGACAUGCUCGUCCAAAUGUACCAGAUCGCUCCGGUCAAUCGCGUCAAACGCGCCUGGAAGUUCGGAUCGUGGGUUCAAGAUUCGGGAGUCGGCGGUGGAGCUGGUGGAUACGGCGGCGCUUCCGACAACGCCUACAGCGCGCCAGCUUCCAACGGCUACGGACCCGUUGUCAACGCCGAGCCCGAACCACAGUGCUGCACUUGCCAGCAAGGAAAAGCCGGACCACCGGGACCGCCAGGUGACGACGGAAAGGACGGUAACGACGGCGAGGCCGGACACGACGGUCAACACGGAAAGGACGGCGGUGUCGCGCCAUCCGACGGCCUCCAAUCCGAGCCAUGCGUCAUCUGCCCACCGGGACCACAGGGACCAGUCGGAGCGCCAGGAGCCAAGGGACCACAAGGACCACGCGGUUCGCCGGGACUCUCAGGAAUCGACGGAAGACGCGGCGAGCCGGGAAUGGCGGGACCCGCCGGCACCCAGGGCGAACCAGGACCACAAGGACCACCGGGAAAGAAGGGCGAGGACGGUCGCGUCAUCAAUGUAAGUUUUCGAGGCGUCAACGGACCACCAGGACCACCGGGAGCGCCAGGACCACAAGGACGCAAAGGCGAGCGCGGACCAAAAGGAGUGCCCGGAUCGGUUCAUCCAGGUGUUCAAGGACCACCGGGAGACAAGGGACGCAAGGGACGCGCCGGACGCAAGGGCGAGGCCGGAGGUCAAGGUCCAAUCGGAUCCAAGGGACCCAACGGCGACUGCUUCCAUUGCCCAACGCCAAGAACCCCACCGGGCUAUUAA